UUUUGACGAAAAAGUGCGAAAGGAUAUCCGGUUUGACCGGAAAUCUUAUAUUUGGCGUUACUGCUGAAAGAUAUGGCUGCAUACAUUGUAUUAGCCUGCUAACUCGACGUUUACGUUUGACAUAAGCUUAAUUCUUCGACCAACCUUUUGAAAUGGUAUGAUAACAAGCAAGUUAUAUCGCUUCUGUAGACACAAAAAAAAUCGUUAACCAUGUUAACGUCUUUCUGAGUUUUGUAAAUCACGUUAGCUACCAAGCUAUACAAAGGAGAAACCAGUUAGCCAGCUACUAGCCUAGCUAGUACUAGGUGGCUAGCUAGUUUAGCUCCUUACGAAUUGUUUUAAUGUUAUUUUGUUACCAGAUAGAUAAAAAAAAAACAUAGCUGGAUACAUUUGCUGGUGUUACAAAGAAAAAGCGUCUAUCGAGCCUCAAUGCCCGAACAAGGCCCAAGGAUGAAUGGUUUUUCCCUCGGCGAACUAUGCUGGCUAUUCUGUUGCCCGCCCUGUCCCAGUCGCAUCGCAUCCAAACUAGCCUUUCUCCCUCCCGAACCCACGUACUCCGUACACACCGAUGCUAACGGGACGAGUAGCCUGCAUCUAACCGAGCGAGCAGACUGGCAGUACUCCCAACGCGAACUGGACGCUGUCGAGGUGUUCAACACCAGAACCAGUCGGGGAAACCGACUGGGUUGCAUGUUUGUACGAUGCGCACCCAACAGCCGGUACACGUUGCUCUUUUCCCACGGUAACGCAGUGGACUUAGGCCAAAUGUGCAGUUUCUACAUCGGCCUCGGUUCGAGGAUAAACUGCAACGUCUUCUCGUAUGAUUAUUCGGGCUACGGUGUCAGCAGCGGGAAACCGUCAGAAAAGAACCUGUAUGCGGACAUCGAGGCUGCCUGGCAGGUGCUAAGGAACAAGUAUGGAGUGACCCCAGAGAACAUCAUCCUGUACGGUCAGAGCAUCGGCACGGUACCCACGGUGGAUCUGGCGGCGCGCUACGAGUGUGCCGCCGUCAUCCUGCACUCACCUCUUAUGUCCGGCCUGCGAGUGGCCUUCCCUGACACGCGCAAGACCUACUGCUUCGACGCCUUCCCCAGCAUCGACAAGGUGUCCAAGGUGGCGUCGCCGGUGCUGGUGAUCCACGGCACGGAGGAUGAGGUGAUCGACUUCUCGCACGGCCUGGCAAUGUACGAGCGCUGCCCGCGUGCCGUGGAGCCCCUGUGGGUGGAGGGCGCCGGGCACAACGACAUCGAGCUCUACGCCCAGUACUUGGAGCGACUCAAGCAGUUCAUCUCCAUCGAGCUGCCCACAUCCUGAUCUCCCUUGGCCUCCUCCACUAAACCUAGAGGGGGGCUGCGUAUCAGGUCUAAAAUGGCUUCCUUUUUUCGUUCCUUAAUCUGUGCAGAGAGAAGUGGAUUGGUGGAAAUUUGAUACCUGAAAUCCACCAUGUUGGUUUGUAUUGUUUAUUGGUGCAGAUGUUGGAAAGGAGGGGAGGAAGUGUUGAGAUGCUUAACCAGGUCAGGCUGAGCUGAGCCAGGCCAAGGCAUCCCCGGCGCUCAUAUGUGGACAGGUCCCAGGUCUCUUUGCCAAGGAGCUAGGGCCCGCUCAGUAUUUGCACUUGCUCUUCUAUCUGGAUCUCGAUUUGAUUCUCCUUCUUGCUCUCCCUCGCUGGUGGGGAUGUGAUCAAUUCCCUCUGCGAUCUUGUUCUCCCUAUUUCAUCUGUUUCGCUCUCUUUUAUGCUCAUGAUUGAUUGACUUUGUAUUCUUUUCUACCUGAUGAAGAACAAUCUGUUUUGCACCUCAGAUACAUGAUUGAUGUUCUUGCUUGUUUGUGUUUGUUAAAUAUUGUUUUGUAUUUUUCCCAUUCAGGGUGAAUUGAAACGAAUGCACUUUUAUUGUGCAGAUAUGUUCAGGUAAUCAUACUGUAUGUUCUGAUGUAUGUUCUUUGUUAUCUUAUUGACAUUCCAUGUUUCACAGAAACUCAUUCCCAUCUUGUUUUCAAGGCCAGUGUGUGACCGUGUGAGAGAUGCGUGUGGUUGAAAAACAUCAUUACCCAGCUCACCCCUGGGUGUCUCACCUCCUGUAACAAUGCUCUUGUUAACUGGAGGUCAUGUGGUAAGUAGGGCCAGGUGUUUUUCCUCAACUGGGGUUUUCCAGUGAGGGACACCACCUGACCCUAAUGAUGACACCUGACCCUAAUGAUGACACCUGACCAUGUAUCAAAUAAAAACAUACCUACAAUGUACUGUAAUGGAACCAAAUCAGCCCCUAGCCAGUACUGUCUCUACACACACCUGAUCAACCCCUAGCCAGUACUGUCUCUACACACACCUGAUCAGUCCCUAGCCAGUACUGUCUCUACACACACCUGAUCAGCCCCUAGCCAGUACUGUCUCUACACACACCUGAUCAGCCCCUAGCCAGUACUGUCUCUACACACACCUGAUCAGCCCCUAGCCAGUACUGUCUCUACACACACCUGAUCAACCCCUAGCCAGUACUGUCUCUACACACACCUGAUCAGUCCCUAGCCAGUACUGUCUCUACACACACCUGAUCAGCCCCUAGCCAGUACUGUCUCUACACACACCUGAUCAGCCCCUAGCCAGUACUGUCUCUACACACACCUGAUCAGCCCCUAGCCAGUACUGUCUCUACACACACCUGAUCAGCCCCUAGCCAGUACUGUCUCUACACACACCUGAUCAGCCCCUAGCCAGUACUGUCUCUACACACACCUGAUCAGCCCCUAGCCAGUACUGUCUCUACACACACCUGAUCAGCCCCUAGCCAGUACUGUCUCUACACACACCUGAUCAGCCCCUAGCCAGUACUGUCUCUACACACACCUGAUCAGCCCCUAGCCAGUACUGUCUCUAGUCACACCUGAUCAGCCCCUAGCCAGUACUGUCUCUAGUCACACCUGAUCAACCCCUAGCCAGUACUGUCUCUAGUCACACCUGAUCAACCCCUAGCCAGUACUGUCUCUAGUCACGCCUGAUCAGCCCCUAGCCAGUACUGUCUCUACACACACCUGAUCAGCCCCUAGCCAGUACUGUCUCUACACACACCUGAUUAGCCCCUAGCCAGUACUGUCUCUACACACACCUGAUCAACCCCUAGCCAGUACUGUCUCUAGUCACGCCUGAUCAACCCCUAGCCAGUACUGUCUCUAGUCACACCUGAUCAACCCCUAGCCAGUACUGUCUCUACACACACCUGAUCAACCCCUAGCCAGUACUGUCUCUAGACACCCGUGUAGAUCUGAAAGGAGACGAUUUAAACAGUUCAUGUUUUUCUGCCUUGCUGUUCAGAUUUUUUUUUUACCAUAUUGCUAAGACCUAUCCGUUCAUUUCAGAUCUGGAGGUAUGUCUUGGGCGUAGGAGUUGAUUUGGGAUUCAGCACCAGUGUAGAUGUUUUUGUUCAGAAGUUUUCCGUGAAGCCAUUUUGUUUCUGUUCAGAAUUAAGAUUGUGUUUAAUGUAAAUGCUUUGGGUUGCUGUUUGGCAGUAUGUACCUGUUCCUUUCAUUUCAACACUUCAAAUAAAGCCUUAAGUCUGUGGACAUUUCACCCUAACAUUCCUGUCGACUUGAGUUGGGGAGUCUCAUGGUCUGCAGGGGGACUGACUGCUGCUAUGGGUUCGGUUGGAGGAAUCUUCUCAAUCACUGUGAAAAGAUGUUUUGGGGUCAUACUGGUCAAAAAGGUACUUCACCUAAUGCAAUCUCAAUGAGUCUUCACAUGUAGAUGAGAGAUUUGAGCCAUCUCACCACCAUUUGCAGAUUCUGGCUGUAUCCCAUUUGUCUGGGGGUAAAGGGGGGAUUCCCCCCAACAGACCCCUUCCCUGCUCCCCAUCUCGUUUCACUCCAAAGAACUCAGCAAGUGUCACCAAGACGACGUUUUGGAAGAAACACUGCAUGCAAACAACUUUUCAUAAAGGACAUUUGAGUGCAGAGCGAAGAAGCCAGAGGAAUGACUGGGUUGGAAGUCUUCUGCUUAUAUUCUCAGCUGUAUAAUAAUAAUAAUCAACACAGAAACACUACACUGCUCAAGGAGUGUCCUCUUGGAAGGAGGAGGUAUAAGUGAAGGAUAUGUGCGUAGCAACUUGUGAUUAAUGUUUUGACUGACAGUGUAUUGCUGUGAGGUGAUGGCUGUAUUUUGCGGUCGUGGUUGGGUUUUCGUGUGACGAAUAAAAGAUUCUAGUGUUUUCUCGUCAUAACUUACUAAGGGGCCUAUGUUUUGACACAACGAGCCCUUUAACUUAACAUCUAGUUUUUUCUGCUUGUCUUUUUAAAGAACGAAAAACUGCUUUAGUCCCAUUUAUUGUUUUGAUACUGACAUUUUUACAAUGUUCUUUUCCAGUAAAUGUUGAUAGAUUUACACUCUAAUGCUGGUUUGUCAGAACCAUAUGUAAUGUAUCUAUAUCUCCUCUAUACAUGAUAUAAACCAUUGAUUUAAGGGCUAUUCCAGCCUACUUGAGUUUAACACUGGAGUCACAGUAUGCAAAUCUAAUGCAUUAAAACAACUAGUGGGUACAGAGGUUUCUUAGUGUUAAACUGACAAAGAAAAAGCCUUAAAUGUGCCGUGCUACAGAUUGUCAUUCAUGUUGGCUGUGUUGCUUUCAGGCAACACAGUGGAUGUUUUAAUGCUUAAUGGAAUAAAGAAUGCAUGGAAUUACA